GGUGGUGGUGGCGGCGGCAGCGGCGGCGGCCGAGAGCUGCCUGCGGUCUCCUAAUCUGCUCUCUUCCUUUCCUGAUCUUUUCCCCGGGCUGGUCCAUGUGGAGCAACGAUGGCUUCAGACAUUACUCCUGAAGCGAUUGGCUUCUUGUCAGCAGUUGGAAUUUUCAUCAUUCUUCUGGCUGUCCUCUUCUUGUUCAUCAACAAAAAACUCUGCUUUGAGAAGAUUGGGGGCCUGCCAUGCCUGGAGCAGCGGAAAAGAAAAAAGCGUUCUAAAGAGAAGUCUGGGGUGCUUCAAGGCCUUGACAAUCAGACUCCAGUGAACACCGGCCAGGGUGAGCAGAACUGAAAAAUGUUGGGCUGUCACAAGUGGGAGAUGCAGAGUGAUGCCAUUCAAAUGAAGCUUCUUCAUUAGAAAUGAUGCCACCAUAAUAGUCACCCACCAUAAGCAUUUAUUUACAACACAAGACGAUCAAUUUAAUUUGCAAGGUUCAUUUAGUUUGGUACCAAGAAAACUAUUAGAAACAAACAAGGCACUUCAUUUGAAUGGCACACCGAACCAAAGGGUGUUCUCUUGUUUGGUGGGCUGUAGGUUUCUGUGGGAUGUCAUCUCUGUCUUCACCUUUCAUGCAUAUGCUGUGCUUUAAAUAAAAAUGUGGCAGUAUAAAUCACAAAAAAGACAAAUGCUCAGUGACAUUUUAGGAAUACCAUAACGUAGAUGCUCAACCUUGCAUCAGCCAAAGUUAUUUUAGUUGCAUUUUUUUUAAAUGACUCUUUAUGCCUAUACUACUUUCACCUGUCAUUUCAUUUUCAGUUUAGUUUUAUGAACUUCUGAGCAUUUCUGUUUUAGUUUAUAUUAUUGAUAAUUUUAUUUUGGGAGAAUCAUUUCAGUUCAAUUUAAAAUGCGGCCAUUUGAGGAAAUAUAAGAAAUGCAUACUGUGCCUCAAAUAACACAGGGAUGGCAGAAACACGCAGAUGUGCUCAUAGCAGACAUUUUUCAAUGGGCUUCUUUUUCCUCCAGCCGUCCAUACAAAAACUUGCCUUCCAGAUGUUUUGUCAAACAUGUCCCAGUCGCAUUGCAUUGUCUGUCUGUCCGAGGAUCAGGCCUUUUGCUUUAAAACUUCACAUCAAAUACUCCACAUUGCUUCAUUAGGUUAGGAGCAUGUGCUGAUUACAGCGUGUCGCCAUACCCACCACACGACAGACCACCCAGUUGGGGA